UGCGGAAAAUAUUUGGUUCCAUUACGUUAUUCGCUUCUGUUUUUGCGAUUAAAUUUGUUUUAUUCAAUCAUAUACGAUGCUUAUAACAAAAGCCGCUCUUAUUGGAACUGUGUGUUGUGUGGAACAAUGUGUUUCGGCGUUUAGUUGAAGUGUCUGACCGAAACCUCGUUGCCCGGCGUGAUUCCGUGUGUAGCUUAUUGUGCGCUACCUGAACCAAUUCCCGUGCUCUACCAUCGAUGUGCGUUGAGGCCAGCUUAAUUGCAAUUCAUGAAUCACGCAGCGUAGUUUGUUUUCCGUGCAAGAGCUCAUAAAGAAAGGUUCCAUUUCCUUAUUCCAAUUCGCACGAGCGCGCCUUGUAUGAAUCUGUGCAUGCGUGCGGGUGUGUGCGUGUGUUGUGCUUUUUGACGUUUGUCGACGGUGCUGUCAUCUCGCAGAGGGACAAUCGGCAACAAAAACUUCGUGCUUCCACAUCAGACCAGGAGCUGCACCGUGGAGCGAACGCACUUUUAACAACGCAUUUUGUUUUCAAAAUAAUACUCACUGUCCUCGCUCUAAGCUUUACUGUAUUUGUUUGCCCCCCCGAGCAUGUGCCUGCGUAAAGUGUGAUAGAUUUAAUAUUUAGCUAAUCGUACUGCUACAUAUCGUUAAGCGAAAAGAGGCUGACUUUCUCCCCCUUUCUGGCAAUGCAAUCAUCAUGAAUGUGCAGGAUGGUAUAAAUGCUGCAUUUUCGGUGCUCGUUUCGGUGCUCAUAGUGAUAGUGCUAGUUUGUUUAGGUUGGUAUCUAGUGUGGAAGCUGUUUCUCUCCCGCUUCAAGCUGGUCCGCGAGCUGCUCGGCAUUGCCCAAUCGAACGAACAUUCGCCAGUGCACAGCGCCACGGGCAGGGAUUACUCAACGGCAACGGGCAGUAGCGGUGUGGUCGGCGGUGGUAGCAGCAUAAUCGGCGGCAGCAUAAACGCCGAUAAUCGCUCCCGUACCCGUAAGGUGCGAAGAGAUUAGCCGAGAGCAGCACGCAACACAACCACGACCGUUCCGUAACACAAACGCGCGCGCACACACACACAGAAACGGCUUCGAGAUGAAUAUCCGCUGCGCCAAGCCCGAAGAUCUGAUGAACAUGCAGCACUGCAAUCUGCUGUGCCUGCCGGAAAACUAUCAGAUGAAGUACUACUUCUACCACGGGCUGACGUGGCCCCAGGUCAGCUACGUGGCGGAGGACGACAAGGGCAACAUCGUGGGGUACGUGCUGGCCAAGAUGGAGGAGCCGGAACCGGGCGAGGAAAGCACACACGGCCACAUUACGUCGCUGGCGGUGAAGCGGUCCUACCGGCGGCUCGGCCUCGCCCAGAAGCUGAUGAACCAGGCGUCCAAAGCGAUGGUGGAGUGCUUCAACGCGCAGUACGUCUCGCUGCACGUGCGCAAAUCGAACCGGGCGGCGCUGAAUCUGUACACCAACUCGCUCGGCUUCAAGAUACUGGAGAUUGAGCCGAAGUACUACGCGGACGGCGAGGAUGCGUACUCGAUGCGGCGCGAUCUUUCCGAGCUGGUGAACAACAGCGACCGGCCGCCGGCGGAACGGAACGAACUGAACGAUGUCGGGGGCGACGAGCGGAUAGUAACGAACCGUCAGAAGGGACCGGUCGUGCUGCCGCAUCAUGGCGAUGGGCACGCGGGACACGAUGGCCACUGCUGCUAGCCGGAGCGGUCGUGGGAGCUGGGGCGCGAACGGGCCGUAAUCGAAUCGAGGAAGGUUAGCUUUCUAGGGAUGGAAACACGAAGAACAAUGAAAUUUGUGACGGAAAAAGAUACUUUUUUCCAUUCUUAAA